AUGGCGGAGGAGCUUGGUUGCUUUGAUAUACUCUUAGAUGACGAUCUCUUCUUCGAUUUCGAUCCGUCAAUUGUGAGUGAACCUCCUCUUGCGGAGGAUUUUAUCCAGUCCUCACCGGAUUCUGCAAAUUCGUGGAUCGGAGAAAUUGAGAGCCAAUUGAUGAACGAUGACGUCAAUCAAGAGCAGCAGAAGUUUCCGGAGCUGUUAGAUGAGCAAUCGGUUUCUGAGUUUUUAGCGGAUCUAUUCGUUGAUUAUCCCGUAAACGAUUCUGGUCCUUUUGAUAUCGCCGCCGCUGAAGUUUUAUAUGUACCAACCGUCGAAUCUCCCACCACCGGUUCUAAUUCCGACGGAUCCGUCACCGGGAAGGAGCCCGAAAGCUCUGAUGAUUCCGGGAAGGAGAAGGCUGAUUCCUUGGUUGAGAAGAAGUCGGAUGCGUUGACUGAUUCUGGUAGUGAGAAUCAGGAUGGAGCUAAGGCGGAGAGUGAGAUCGAUGGAGACGAUGAUGCUACAGCCAGGAAGAGAAGAAGGCAAGUAAGAAACAGAGAUGCUGCGGUGAGAUCAAGGGAGAGGAAGAAAGAAUAUGUGACAGAUCUGGAGAAGAAAAGCAAGUAUCUUGAGAGAGAAUGCAUGAGACUGGGUCGUAUGCUCGAGUGUUUCGCUGCGGAGAACCAUUCUCUACGUCUCUGUUUGCAAAAGGGAAGUGGAAAUGCUCCCAUGGUGUCAAGGCAGGAGUCUGCUGUGCUCUUGUUGGAAUCCCUGCUGUUGGGUUCCCUGCUUUGGCACCUGGGAAAUAUCAUUUGCCAAUUCCCUCAUCAGCCCCAAACAACAAAGAGUUGCUUCCCGUUAACGGAAGCAGCCGACGAACAACCAGAAAAGCUGGUUCUAAGAGGGCUAGAGAGUAGUAGCAAAGUAUCUUAUACCGAGAAUAGUCGGAGAUGCAAAGGUUCAAGGCCGAGGAUGAAACACCAAAUCGUAAUCCUUGUGGCUUGA